UAACAAUAACAAUUAAUUUGUUUGAAUAAAAAUUCUGCAUAUUUUCGUUAUUUAUUUGUUCUGAAUGAAAUGUCUUCCAUUUGGUUUGUGGCAGCUCUUGCUAUUGAACUUUGUCUACUCGCUUCGUGCGCAGCCAGAGAUGGUAGGUGGACAAAGUGGUCAGAGUGGAAGGCAUGCAGUGUGUCUUGUGGUCAGGGUCAGAGAAGUCGUUACAGGGAAUGCCGGCCCACCCCAAGCCUCGGAGGAAAGUGGUGUCAAGGCAACUAUCGAGAAUCGAAACAGUGUAACACGGGAGUUCCAUGUUCAGUGCAUGGAGAAUGGGGUCAGUGGACACCCUGGACUGUGUGUUCUGUAAGUUGUGGAGAAGGAAACAGGCACCGGUACAGGGUCUGUGACAGUCCUCACCCCGCAUCAGAAGGCAAUGUUUGCCAAGGAAGUGCUCAAGAGUCUCAGGCAUGUUUUGCUCUCAAAGACUGUCCACGUGAUGGGAAAUGGUCAUCUUGGAGUCAGUGGUCAUCCUGUUCAGUGACUUGUGGUCAAGGAGGUUCCAUCCAUCGCUACAGAUCUUGCAACAACCCCCCACCGUCUGGAAAUGGAAGACCUUGCGACGGGCUCGCGCAUAGUGUCCAGUCUUGCCAAGCUAAAAUAAAGUGUCCAGUGAAUGGACAAUGGUCUGAGUGGACAGAGUGGACUGAAUGUUCUGUGACAUGUGGUGCGGGUGAGCAGAGGCGUUGGAGGGGGUGUGAUGAGCCUCCUCCCCUAUUCGGCGGCAACGACUGCAACAGAACAGAAGCUGGAGAAUUGCAGAUCCGAAGCUGUAAUGGAGAUUUACUGCAUUGCCCGGUGGACGGAAAGUGGUCAGAAUGGGGAGAGUGGGGAGAUUGCAACACUCCGAAUUGCGAAUCUUCCACUCAACCAGCCUAUUCUUUGCGCCAAAGGUCAUGUGACUCACCCCGUCCAGCACAUAAUGGUAGUAUGUGUCAGGGGACAUUCCUUCAAGCUGGUCUCUGCCUACAACCAAUCAAUUGCAGAGUGGAUGGUGGUUGGAGCGAGUGGAGUGGAUGGACGUGUUUGAAAGAGUUGGCAAGAAGGACAAGAGUCUGUAAUAACCCUUUACCUUCGAAUGGAGGAAGACCUUGUAAAGGAUCAAAAAUCGAAUUUUAUUCCAGAGAGGAUGAGCAUUACAGUGAAUUGUGCCCAAAUUUUUCAACAGACGAUGAGGAUUUGAGCGGUUUUUCCGGAUCUGGCAGUGGAAUGCAGGUAGAAAGUGAAGAAGAGGAAAUAAUUGAUCCCAGAAUUCUUUGAAGAAGAAACGAAGAUUCACCUGAGGAGACAGAAUUUAUUUUACCCAAUAAAAGAGAACACCAUCCAA